AUGCCCGCAGCAGGCGACGUUAUGGGAGAGGCAGCGCAGGUGAAGGAGGGAGCAGCAGGGACAGCACAAGGAGACGCGUCAGGCGGGGCCAUGCAGGUUGCGGGUGGGCAUGGCGCGAGUGCGAGUAACGCGCUGGAAGUGCCGAAUGGGUUUCUACACCCUCCUGACAACCCGGAAGAAGCCGGUCCUUACGUGCCCAUCGAAUUCAGGAACGAUCAGGAGCGUAAGAGGCUGAAGAGCCAGCCGCUGGGCAUGCACAUCAGCAGCGACGAGCAGACAGCCAUGUGGCUCAACUACUUUAAACCAAACACACUUAGCGGGCCCAAGCUCAGCUGCAUGGGCCUUCCCUGCCCGCAAUUCCUCCAGUGCAUCGAUGGGUUUCCCAACGUGUGGGCCUGCUGGGAUGACGAGCUCAUGGAUCGAGAGAUGUUCCCCACUCACGCUCCGUUAAACUGCCCGAUCCGGGCAGCAGGGGAGGAAAAGUUGGUGGGGGGGAGGAAGGGGACAUCUCAUCAUCCAUUCAACAGUGUCGCAUGCUCCAGUUCCUUCAUCUCCCCGCCCUGGUCGACCCGUUCACCCCUUACUAUCCCUCCCACCCGUCAACCCCUUCCACGCCAUCAACCCCCCCACCCCUUCAACCGCUCCACCCUUUACCCCACCACGCAGUACACAUUCUCCCCAGCAGCGGCGGUGCACGAGCUGCAUGGAGCAUGGAGCAGGGCGUACGCGGUGGGCGGCAACUUCUACCACGUUCUGGUGGAAAUGCUGCCGGGCUUUGUGGUGGCGGCAAGCCUCUUCCACAAGUAUCGCAAGUACCCCAUCCUCGCCACAGGCGACAUUAUGGGGGAGGCAGGGCAGGUGAAGGAGGAAGCAGCAGCUGCAGCAGAAGGAGCCGCGUCAGGCGCAGCCAUGGAGGUUGUGGGCGAGAGUGGCACACUGCCGGAGGCGGCGAAUGUAAUUCUGCAUGGUCCAGACAACCCAGAAGAAGUCGGCCCUCACGUGCCCACUGAAUUCAGGAACGACGAGGAGCGUGUGAAGCUGAAGAGCCGGCCGCUGGGCAUGCGCAUCAGCAGCGACGAGCAGACUGCCGUGUGGCUCAACUACUUUCAUCUGAACACACAAAGUGGGCCGAAGCUCAGCUGCAUGGGCAAUCCCUGUCCGCACCUCUACAAGUGCAAUGACGGGUACCCCAAUGUGUUGGCCUGCUGGAAUAGCGAGCUAGUGGAUCAUGAGAUGUUUCUCACUUCUGCUCCUCUGAACUGCCCGAACCGGGCAGCAGGGGCAGAAAGAGUGGCGGGGGAGGAAGGCGAGUAUGACGAGUGGUGCAGUCACAAGGCGGAUCAUGGGCUGCGCAUGCCGUGGGCUCUGCAGAACUUCCAGCUGUCGGAUGUGUACAUAACGCACGAUGGUUUUCUCUUCAACGCCACGCACCAGUUUGUGCGGGGGGGAUGCCACAAGAUCGGCAAGUGA